GGAGAUCGGGGGCGCCCGCCGGCUAUAAAUGCUGCGAUUCCCCGCCCUUCUCUCUCGCGCCUUUCGCCUCCCCGCUUCUCUCUCCCUUCCUUGCUGCCCUCUGCGUCCUCCCUCUCACGCUCUUGAACUCGUCAAGGGGUCCAAGGCCACACGUUUGAGCAUCAUGGCAUCACAUAUUGUUGGAUACCCCCGCAUGGGCCCAAAGAGGGAGCUUAAAUUUGCACUGGAGUCAUUCUGGGAUGGGAAGAGCAGCGCUGAAGACCUACAGAAGGUUGCCAAGGAUCUAAGAUUGUCCAUCUGGAAGCAGAUGGCUGGUGCUGGGAUCAAGUACAUCCCCAGCAACACCUUUUCUUACUAUGAUCAGGUCCUUGAUACCACGGCGAUGCUCGGGGCAGUUCCUCCCAGGUAUGGCUGGAAUGGUGGAGAGAUCGGAUUCGACACCUACUUCUCCAUGGCCAGAGGAAAUGCUACCCUUCCUGCUAUGGAGAUGACCAAAUGGUUUGACACCAACUACCACUUUAUUGUGCCCGAGCUGGGACCUGAACUGAAGUUCUCGUACGCAUCACACAAAGCUGUAUCUGAAUACAAGGAGGCAAAGGAGAUUGGAGUUGACACUGUUCCCGUCAUCGUUGGUCCCGUCUCCUAUUUGUUGCUGUCAAAGCCAGCUAAGGGUGUCGAGAAAUCUUUCUCUCUUCUGUCUCUGUUGGGAAAGAUCCUUCCAGUCUACAAGGAAGUCAUUGCUGAACUGAAGGCAGCUGGAGCAACCUGGAUCCAAUUUGAUGAACCCACCCUUGUUUUGGAUUUGGACUCCCACAAACUGCAAGCUUUUGUUGAGGCAUACACAGAGUUGGAGUCAUCCUUCUCUGGCUUGAAUGUUCUUGUCGAAACCUACUUCGCUGAUGUCCCUGCCGAGGCAUACAAGAUCAUCACUUCAUUGAAUGGUAUUUCUGGCUAUGGUUUUGAUUUCGUUCGUGGAACAAAGACUCUUGACUUGAUCAAAGAGGGUUUCCCUGCUGGCAAAUUCUUAUUUGCUGGAGUAGUUGAUGGAAGGAACAUCUGGGCUAAUGAUCUCGCAUCGUCUCUUAGCACCCUCCAUGAGCUUGAGUCUAUUGUCGGCAAGGAUAAGCUCGUUGUUUCCACUUCCUGCUCACUUAUGCACACUGCCGUGGAUCUUGUCAAUGAGACCAAGCUCGACAGCGAGAUCAAAUCCUGGUUGGCGUUUGCUGCACAGAAGGUCGUUGAAGUGAAUGCCUUGGCCAAGGCAUUGGCUGCUGACAAAGAUGAGGCGUUCUUCCAUGCCAAUCACUCUGCGCUUGCAUCGAGGAAAUCCUCUCCAAGAGUUACUAAUGAGGCUGUUCAGAAAGCUGCUGCUGCCUUGAAGGGGUCCGAUCACCGCCGUGCCACCCCAGUAAGUGAUAGAUUGGAUGCACAACAGAAGAAGCUAAACCUCCCCGUUCUCCCAACAACUACAAUUGGGUCUUUCCCUCAAACUCCGGAGCUUAGGAGAGUGCGCCGUGAAUACAAGGCCAAAAAGAUCACGGAAGAAGAAUAUGUUAAUGCUAUCAAGGAGGAAAUCCAGAAAGUGGUCAAGUUGCAGGAAGAGCUUGACAUCGAUGUCCUUGUGCAUGGAGAGCCAGAGAGGAACGACAUGGUUGAGUACUUCGGAGAACAGCUGCAAGGCUUCGUUUUCACUGUUAACGGGUGGGUGCAAUCGUAUGGAUCUCGAUGUGUCAAGCCACCAAUCAUCUACGGCGAUGUAAGCCGCCCCAACCCCAUGACAGUCUUCUGGUCCUCGACAGCCCAGAGCAUGACGAGCCGUCCCAUGAAGGGAAUGCUCACGGGUCCUGUCACCAUCCUCAACUGGUCCUUUGUGAGAAACGACCAGCCUAGGUUCGAAACAUGUUACCAGAUUGCCUUGGCCAUCAAGGACGAAGUCGAGGACCUUGAAGCAGCUGGAAUUCAGGUAAUCCAAAUCGAUGAGGCUGCCCUCAGAGAAGGACUGCCCCUGCGCAAGUCAGAGCAGGCUUUCUACUUGGACUGGGCUGUUCACUCUUUCAGAAUCACGAAUGUUGGCGUGAAGGACACCACUCAGAUCCAUACUCACAUGUGCUACUCUAACUUCAAUGACAUCAUCCAAUCUAUCAUCGACAUGGACGCCGACGUGAUCACCAUCGAGAAUUCCCGCUCUGAUGAGAAGCUGCUUUCCGUCUUCCGCGAGGGUGUCAAGUACGGCGCUGGCAUCGGCCCCGGUGUUUAUGACAUCCACUCUCCUAGGAUCCCAACCACCGAGGAGAUAGCAGACCGAGUGAACAAGAUGCUUGCUGUGCUCGAGACCAACAUUUUGUGGGUGAACCCUGACUGUGGUCUCAAGACCAGGAAGUACAACGAGGUGGUUCCGGCGUUGACCAACAUGGUUGCUGCAGCCAAGAUCCUCCGAACCCAGUUGGCCAGCGCUAAGUGAGUGGCGCAACCCCGCACCAAUUGGGGUUUUUGAGCUCUUCACCUACCUUGCAUAAAGAAGAAAAAUUCAGAUUGUAUGGCAUGUUGUAAUAACUCUUUACCUAGUAGUCCUUGGUAUUGUUUAGGCGACCUCGGUCUCUGGCCCAUGUGAUGCCUAUCGGUGUUUCAUUUGCAGAUCCUUUUUUGCCUAUUUUGAGUUUCCUUUUUCUCGAUUUUCUUUUGCUGAAGGCGCAAUAGCUCUAUGUAAUGUGAUCCGAAAAGGUAAUCUGAGAUUGUUGUGCUAUUUUCUUGGUUGGCUA